AUGAGCUACAUCUCGGAAGCGCCGCCGCCUCCGCCGAAACACUUGACGGAGCGUGCGCGUUCGUUGCAACGCGAGCCGCCCAGCAGCAUCCGAAUGCUCGAUUCGCCGGAACUCUGCGCCGACGAUGCGCGCGCCCGCUUCUCCCACACCAAGGCGAUUUUCGAGCAGCUGGAGAAGCAUCAACGCGAACUGCCCAGCUUCUACUCCCCGCGUCCCGUUCGCCACAUGAUGAGCAGCAGUGUGCAUGCCGCAAUCGGGGAGUCGUUUGCGACGUCGUUCCAGUCCAUUCCGAAAUGCCCACCGCCAGUGCCGCCGAAGCCGGUGGAGGCGUUCAGACAUUGUAAGUGGAGAUUUGAUAUUGGUUUUUAAAAUACGAGCUGUGACGACAUGUCAUCAGAAAUUUAAAAAAAAAAACAUUUUUUUCCGACCGUCUUAUAAUCCUAAAGCGUAGCAAUUUUUUCCAAGUCAUGUUCCAAAAGUGAUCAUGGAUACUUUUGGAUACUUUUUGACACAUUUUCAAAAAAACCUAGAAACUUCCAGAAUACACUUUUAUAUAUAUUAUUUAAAUUUUUAAAAUACGAUAUUUUUGAAAACAUCUCAUCGUAAAAUAUCAGUCUGUCGGGAAAAUAAUGUGGAGAAAUCGAAAAUCGCAUCGCCGCUGAGGAAACGAAUUGUCGCGGAAAAAUAAAAUUGCUUCUCACGUUAGCGACGCGAUCAGCGCAACGACACCGUGCUCGUUAUUUUCCCGACAGACUAAUAACCAAAAAAUGGAACCUGCCCAAAUUGAUAGAAAAUUUUUGGUGAUGGAUACUUUUGGAUACUUUUUGAUACCUUUUCAGAAAAAUCUGGAAAACCUUCGGAAUACACUUUAUGAAACAACCAUACCUCAUUUUAACUUAAAUAUGAUCAUGGAUACUUUUGGAUACCUUUGGAUACUUUUUGAUACUUUUUUGAAAAAAAAUCUGCGAAGCUUAAAAAUAGAAUUUGUUGUUACUAAAAAACUUAUUUCUUCUCUCCCCCCAAUUCAAUAGCCAAAGUAAUAACGAGCCCUCUCUCAAGAACAACAUGUGCAACAUGGAUUGCAAAAACAUUUCGGACAUCUGGCGCCGCUUACACAAAUCAUGCAUUUGUCUUCUACGAGAGGAAAACGGCUUUAAAAUUAUGAGAAAUGCCGUGGGAGCGGAGAGGUUUUGAGUAUCCUUCCGAAGUUACUUUAAGCCUCUUUUUUUAGGUUAUAACGGGAUUUUAUAUUAUUAUAGUAUUUUCAUAUAAAAAGAAUUGCGCCAACAACGGAUUCUCCAAAAUCAAAAAAAGUGUUAUAGAAGGGUCGCCGAGAGAACAUGCGAAAAGCGGAGAGCGGUCAGAGAGAAAAAAGAAAUUUUUGGCCGUAUCUUUGCCAGUUUUAGAGGAAAAACGAUGAUUUUUCGUGGAAAUAUUACACUCUACAGUAGGAAUACGUAUGAAACUUUUUAUUUCUAAAUUAGCAAAAAAUUUUUUUUUUUUUUUUUUUGUUUUUUUUUAUUUUUGUCGAAAGGCCCGACAACCCAGUAACGAUGACGAGACGCUCAAGAGUCAAGUGAUUUAUUCAGUGGAAAGGAGGUCCUUUUAUAGGGAAGCCCCACGUAGGAAAGUACAAUCAAAUUUGAAUAAAUGUAGAUCGUUCCUCGUGGGAAAAUCCUCGAAGCUCGGUCGUUCCGCCUCACAAUUUUUAACCAAUUUUUCCGCGCAACGCGGAGAGCGGUCAAAAAAACACUUUUUUGGCCGGUAUCUUUGCCAGAUUUGUAGGGAAAGAAUUGAUUUUUUGUGGAGACACUACGCUGUACGGUAGAAAUAGGUAGGAAACUUUUAAUGUCACAAUUCGAAAAAAAAAAUUUUUUGUUUUUUUGCCAAGUUCUGGCCCAAAAAAUCUCAGUAGUUUCUGCAAAGCGUGAGCUAGAAAUCUCUCAUAUAUCUUGCAAAAAAAUACUUUAAAUUCUAGCCAAUUUUCAUCACUAUCUGAGCGUCGAACUUUGGGUAUUCCCCCUUUUUUCUUAACCAUUCUUUGGUCAUGAAUCGUUUAGAAGGCGCGUGUUUGGGGCUCCGGCAAAUUAUCGGUCAUUUUAAAUGUACAACUUUUUUUGUGCCCAACUCGUCUCCGAACUCUUCGAGACGUUCAAAACAGGACCGCGGCCAAUAGUUUUCUGCCGGCGCCGCAUUUUCUAAUUGUUUGUUUGUCGUCUGAGGUGGGGAUGGGAGGUGGAGGCACUGUUGGGGCGUGCCAAUUUGGGUUGUUUUCGGUUUGAGGACAGUAUUUUGGGUGUUUACCGGGAUUUUUUUGCGCUAUUUAUGGCUGUUGUGCGUCGUCAAAACUGCGUAGACUGUUUUUGUCGCUUCGAGCAUACCAUCAGUUUGUCGGGAAAAUAAUGUGGAUUUGUCGCAGCGAAAUGGCUCAUUGCAGUCGCGCAUCAAGUCUCCAGCCCUCGCAAUGCGAAGAUGGGAAAUUUAAAAAGCGCGAAAAAUCCACACUAUUUUCCCGACAGACUGAUUAAACAACAAAGUUUUUUUUUAAUGCAUGCGAAGCUGGGCGAUUUCAAAGCCUGUAAAAACCGACUUUAGAGGCCUUGCACAAACCGCUUUAUAAGUCUGUCGGGAAAAUAAUGUGGAUUUGUCGCGCCUUGGAAUCGUCCUUUAUCGCUCUGCGACAGCUAGCUGGAGAUUUUUUUGCGCAGUUGCGACGAGGCGAUACAUUUUUGAGGCUAUAAAUCCACAUUAUUUUCCCGACAGGCUGAUUAAAAAAUCUAAUUUUUCAAUAUUUUUUUUCAAUUUUUUUCAAAAGUAUUUUUACACUCCCCUCAACCAGAGACAUUUUUCUGCGAUAAAUCCACAUUAUUUUACCGACAGACCGAUUAAAAAAUCGAAUUUUUCAAUAUUUUUUUUUACUUUUUUCAACAGCAAUUUUAUACUCCGCUCAACCAGACACAUUUUUCUGGGAUAAAUCCACAUUAUUUUUCCGACGGACUGAUAUAAAAAAUCGAAUUUUUCAAAAAAAAAUUUUUUUCAAUUUUUUUCUACAGUAUUUUUGCACUCCUCUCAAACGUUUUCUUGGCCACAUUUCCUUUUGUUUUCCCAUCUUUUUCCAUCCCCUAUUUUAUGUUCUUUAUAUAAAUUUAUAUCUCCUUGGCCUUGCCGGUUAAACUCCUCUCGUAAGAACCCGAAGGAAAUAGAAAAAAAACACGCCCGUUGACAUGUUUGAGGAAUUUCGAAGGAAAUGUGGUGCCGUUAAAACAAUCAUGGCCCUGUUUUUUUUUUGGGCCAAAUGCUUUCGGGAGGAGCGGGCAGCUUUCGCGCUUCGGGAAAUCCCCAUUUUUGGGCGUUUUUGAACCGCUAAAUGGCCAAGGGAGGUGGGAGAAAAUGUUUUUGGGACAUUUGCGAUGUAACUAUUAGUUUUUUGAUGGUUUUGGAGGAGUAUUGUAAACUUGUAGCAACGUAUUUUUUGAUUAUUGUUGUAAUUUUUAAUAUUGACAAGGGAAGUGGUCCAAGUGCGACGCUCAAAUUUUGAUGAAACUUGGCACAAAUUCAAAAUAAUUUUUUUAAUUAUAUAUGCGAGAUUUUUAGCUCGCGUUUUGCAGAAACAACCGAAAUUUUUUAGGCCAAAAUUUGGCAAAAAUUUUUUUUCGAAUUUUGUCAUCAAAAGUUUCGUACCUAUUUCUACCGUGCAGUGUAAUGUCUCCAAAAAAAAUCAAUUUUUUCCCUACAAAACUGGGAAAGAUACGGCCAAAAAAGUGUUUUUCUCCUUGACCGCUCUCCGCGUUGUGCGGAAAAAAUUUGUUUUUUUUUAUGGAAAUUUUACCCUCUCAGGGAGAAAUCCACUUGCAACCUUUCAUGUCUAAAUUUGCAAGGCAGCAUAAAUUUCUUCCCCAAUUUUGAUAAGGCUCGACAAAUCCACAUUAUUUUCCCGACAGACUGAGAAAACGGAUUUGUCGGACCACGCUCAGACCGUGAUGAAACUUGACGCAAAUUUAGAGUAUUUUUUUCCAAGACAUAUCCGAGAUUUUUAGCUCGCGCUUUGCAGAAAUAACCGAGAUUUUUUAGAUCGAAAAUUGGCAAUUUUUUUUUUUUUUUUUUUUCUUUUUUUUUGAGAAUUUUGACAUCAAAAGUUUCGUCUCUAUUUCUACCGUACAGUGAAAUGUCUCCAAAAAAAUCAAUUUUUUACCCAAAACUGGCCAAGAUACGGCCAAAAAAAAUGUUCUCUCUCUGACCGCUCUCCGCAUUUCGUGUACUCUCUCGGCAACAAAGAUUGUCGAAUAUCCGCACCCAUAAUUUUCGUGAAAACAGCAGACAAAUUUAGAAUAAUUUUUUCUAGGAUAUAUGCGGGAUUUUUAGCUCGCGUUUUGCAGAAACAACCGAAAUUUUUUAGGCCAAAAUUUGGCAAAAAUUUUUUUUCGAAUUUUGUCAUCAAAAGUUUCGUACCUAUUUCUACCGUACAGUGUAAUAUCUCCGCAAAAAAUCAAUUUUUUCCCCACGAAACUGGCAAAGAUACGGCCAAAAAAACUUUUUCUCUCACCGCUCUCCGCCUUUCGUGUACUCCUCUUUCGGCAACAAAGAUUGUUGAAUAUCCGCGCCCAUAAUUUUCGUGAAAACAACUUUUCUUGAAAGCAUUCUCACUUGUCGGCGAUCAAUCUGUCACAGCGUGAGCGGUGAAUCAGUUCUGAGUUCCGAAAAGAAUCACUCGAAACAGAAACAAACCAAAAAUUCGACUAAAGAUCUUCAUGUUGGUUGCAAAAAUUUCUAUGCAGAAAUUCAAUAGACGAGAAAAAUUCAAAUUCCAUUUUUUUUUUGCAGACUUCCGUGAGGCGUUCUGAACGUUUUGGGCACUUUUGAACAGUUUUAUGGGCUUAUUUGAUUUUCCAAUUACGUUUGACUUUCUGCUUUUUUGGUCUUUUUACUUUUGACUUUAUGGCCAUUUUUUUGUAUUUUUCUGUGCGAAAAAUCAAAAAAAAAAAAUUUUUUUUAAAUUUUAAAUUCGAUUUUUUUCAAAAUUCAAAAAAUUUUUUUUUUGAAAUUUUUAUUUUAUUGCUUUCCAAAAAUAGAAGAAAUGCCUAAAAUUUCACUUUUUCUGAAAUUUUUUAUUUUUCUACCUAGAAAAUCAGUCUGUCGGGAAAAUAAUGAGCACUCUGUCGCAGCAAAAAUCGCAUCGUCGCCAAGAAAAUGAAUUGUCUCGCGGAGAAAAUCAAUUUUCUUUCACUUCAGCGACGCGAUCGGCGCUCAUUAUUUUCCCGACAGACUGAUAGCCAUGUUGUGUUGUGACAAACAAAAAAUUUUUUCGCUACUUUAGCAACACGAUCGGCGGUCAUUAUUUUCCCGACAGACUGAUAUUAAAGCUUCGAACAAAAAAAUUUUUUGGUCACAUGCCCAGUCUGACCGGUCGGGUUCAAAAAAGAAAUUUUUUUUAAAAGUUUUUAAAGUUUGUCGGGGAAAUAAUGUGGAUUUUCGGAGCGCCUUGCAAUCGCCCAUCGUUGCUUGACGCGACUGAGGGCUUGGUGAUUCAGCGGAGUGCCUACGCACUUUUAAAAUACUUGGUAUCAGUCUGUCGGGAAAAUAAUGAGCACUCUGUCGCAUCGACAAAUCGCAUCGCCGCCGAGAAAAUCAAUUUUCUUUCACUUCAGCGACGCAAUUGCCGCAACGACAGUGUGCUCAUUAUUUUCCCGACAGCCUGAUGUAUAGUACACCUAUAUUUUGUUUACCAAAUUCGGGAAUUUUUAAUUAUUUUUUCUUCCCCACAAAAUCUACCUCAAAAUAAUUUGCACACCUUUAAUAUGCACUCCUACUGCUCCCCAAUUCCAUCAAGAAUUCAGGCAAAAAGUUCGUUUUUUUAUUCCAAAACUUUGUUUUUCGAUCCAAACAUCCGCCCACCCUCCGACGCGGCGCGCUCCCCGCCGUUUUCCCGCGAGAAUUUUGACGCAAACGACGAAAAAAGUUUGGCAAAAUUUGCGGAACCGUUUCGGGGCCGGUCGCUUUUACUUUUUCGGGAGAGUAGAGGAGGAGAGCGGCGGGUGCGGACAAGUGGAUAUGAAUUGGAGAUGUCCGACAUUUCCCGGGGCUUCUGACUUUUCGGAAAAGUUAUUUUGGGUAAUUUGGCGACGAGAUAUCAACUAGGGAAAAAGUGCCUUAUUUUGACAACAAAAAAGGUACCCCGCGAACUGCGCCCAAGCUUGGGCACUAAAGUUAGGAAAAAACGCUUUGACCUAGCUGGAACUGAAUUACUAUAAUAGCUCUAUAGUUUUAAGGGUACCUAUAAAGGCUAUGACGACUCAUUUAGUUCCAUACGGAUUCAAUAGGUUUAGUUCCGGGCAUGUUUCAUCAAAUAAGGUGUAAAAUCACAGGCUGCAGUCGUUUUUGAAGGGUAAGGUGGUACGUAAAAAAGAAGGUACCUCACUAACUAAAUCCACUGUCCGGGCAUUGACAACGAUGAAUUGAGCGUGCACGCUAAAUUUGGGCUAAUUCCGACCAGUUUCCGCAAAGUUGUAAGUUGUGGCCAGAAUAAGGAACUUUUACCUCAACUUGUCGGGAAAAUAAUGAGCGCUUUGUCGCUGUGCCGAUCGCGUCGCUGAAGUGCAAAAAAAAUGAUUUUCGCGCGACACAACUCGUUUUCUUGGCGGCGAUGCGAUUUUCGCUGCGACAGAGUGCUCAUUAUUUUCCCGACAGAUGAAUAUGGAAUGGAAAAGAUCGGAUUUUAUAAAAAAAUGGGUUGUUGCACAAAUUGUCGAUUGAAAAAUGCCCCAGGGCAUUUCUAAAUUAUCUUUACAUUUUUUUCAAGGGAUGUACCCCAAGUGCGACGCUCAAAUCAUGCUCCCUUUUUUUGCAGAAACGACCGAGAUUUUUAGCUAAAAGUUGGAAAAAAUGUGACACUUUUUUGGCGAAUUUUGGAGUCAUAAGUUUCAUUCUUUUUUCUACUGUAGAGAGUAAUCUUUUCACAAAAAAUCAUUUUUUCCGCUCAAAAUACGCGAGGAAACUGGCAAAAAAUAUUUAUCUUUUCCUGGCACUUUCCAAAGACUUUUCUCGUCGACCAGUAUCACAUUAAGGGGUUUUUAUCUUGUUUUUUUUAGGUAACCAAUUAAUAAUCUUGUACGAGACGUAUUAUUUUACAGCAACGUUUCACUCACUCCCAUACUCGUAUAUAUAUUAUUUUUCUAAGAUUACGUAGCGACCCUUCGAAAAUUCAUUAAAAAGAUGGGGUGCGAAAAGCGGAAAUCGCGCCGUCCAAGAGUCAAAAAUAAUCUUUGCAGAGUAUCUGCGGCCCUCAUGAAGAUGUAAUUCAUCUUUUUGGAGAAAUUAAAUUUUGUCGUUUUUUUCGCUCUUAUCAAAAUAUUUGUAGAAAUCUCAAAAUCGGCUAGUCAAAACAACUCUUUUUUUAUCCCGCAAUACUACUACAAUUUCUCAACGGAUACCUUUUGAUGUUUUUUAUAAAAAAACGUUAUUUCUGUCUGUUAUUUCAAUUAGUUUUUUUUUUUUGAUUUUUUUUGCAUUCAAAAAUGAUUUUUUCUAAAAAGUUAUCAAAAGUUAUCAUGGAUACUUUUUGAUACUUUUUUAAAAAAAUGUGAUUUUUUGUCACCAAGCAGCUCUUUCUGCCUGCCCCCUUUUCUGUAAAAAAUCAUUUUCUCCAAAAAGUGUCAGUAGUGACUUUGGAUACUUUUUGAUACCUUUUUGGCGAAAAUUCAAAUUUUUUUGUUCACUUUUCAAAAUAAUUUUUUUCUUUUUCUCACUUCUUUCCAAUCACAUUUUUCAAUUUUCCAGCCGCCGAAGAGGCGCCGAACUCUCCCACCUCCUCCGCCAACACGACUACAUCAUCGGCCGCCUCAUCGCCGACCGCCAUGCACAGCAACAGCGCGCCUUCGACGCCCCUCAAGCCGGAGCCCUCGUCGCCGUCGAGUCAAGUGCAAAAGAACUUCAAUCAACUGGCUGAUGACUUGGACCGCAUCACAAAGUCGCCGCGGACCGAUGUCGGAGCCCCAACCGGCCUAGUGAAGCAUGUGGCCAGCAAAUUCCAGAGCGAAACUCCGCCGCCGCCGACGUUCUCCAACUCGUUGCCGAGAAUCGGGCAGCCGUUGGCACAGCCGAACAAACCGAAUAGCCUGUGAGUUUAAGGGGAUACAAGGUGCGCCAAAAAAAAUGGACAAAAAUAUAUUUUGGCAAUAUCUGGCUCUGCAGUAAAAUAUUUGGGGAAACGUUUUGGUCCACUAAAUAGCGACGUUCAAGCAAUAUAUUCACGAUAAGAAAGAAGGUAUAACUUUACUGCAACUUUUUUUCUCGCGGGUUAAAGUUGACCAUGUCCCGAUCGCAAUUCUCGAAAGUCCUUUGAAAAGUGAGGCAUAAAUAUGUUUUGAGGCGUCACCAAAACUUCAAAUAAAACUCGUCUAAUUAUAUAGGACUAGUACUAUCAUAUAUGUAAAGGAAUAGAAAUAGUAACUUUCCAUUUCAAUACCGCGGACAUCCAAACUUCGCAAGGGCUUUAAAAUAAAACCCAAAAUUUCGAAAACCAGAAAAAGUUUUGUAGUGAGAAACUGAUAAGGCUUUGAUAUUCUCCAAAUUCUUCAUUCUAAUCCAUUUUUUUCAGUUACAAAAGCACCACUUUGGACAAUCGCCGGCAGAAAGAGUCGCCCGAUUCCCCACCAAACUACACUCCUCCAUCCGCCGCCUCGAAACAGUCCCAGAACAAUUCGUAUGAGCCCUAUUGGAGAGAUCCCUCGUUUUACAAACGCCGAUUUGGCGUUGAAAACGAGAAAGGAGAAGAGGAGCAUAAUUCGUCCGAAUCCGGCGACAGUGUGCCAUCAGAGCCAAGGCCAAGCCAACAAUCGGGCAGUCCGAACUCCCCGUCGGCCAAGAACACAUUCCAGUUCGGGGCGUUGGAACAGCAUCGGGAUCAGGUGAGGAGAAAGAAAAAUUUGAACAGUAUUUUUGCAACGUGCACGGACAUUCCUCGGGUCCCGCACCGUGCACAGAAAAACCCCUUUUUGCACGGUGCAUUUCUCUUUUCUUUUUGUUUCCAAGGUGGUAAAGUUUGUCGGGAAAAUAAUGUGGAUUCGUCGCUGUAAACUGUCGCGCCUCAUCGCAGUCGCGCACCAAAUUCUAGAUGCGGAGAGCCGUCACAAAUAGAGGUGGCAAUCGGGCUGGGCCGGCCCGGCCCGGCCCGGCCGGGCCCGGUGAUUGGGCCGGGCCGGGCCGGGCCUGAGCAGAUUUGAAAAAGCCCAGGGCCGGCCUGACCGCUUCGGCCCGUCGGCCGGGCCGAGACUCUUGGCCCGGCCCGGCCCGGAAGGUGGAUAAGUGAAAAAAAUUAAUACUGAACCAGCAAAAUAAAGCACAAAUGCUUAGCAGAAUUGUUGGAUUGAUAUUAAAUCAAACCUUUUUGACUUAUAUACUGUUUUACCACCUUUUCAAACUCUUUAAAAUCACUGAUUAUGUAUAUGUAAAAUCCCACCCAAAUAUGCAAGGAUCGGGCAAAUCUUCGAAUUUUUGAUGAUAAACUUAAACAUUUCGCUGUAAUUUGAUUCCUUGAGGUAAAUGAACGCAUCUACGCAGUUUUUGAUUAAACAUGUAGCCUCAUAACGUCCAUAUUUUUACAUAGCUAACUUUCUAUAGGAUAAAAAAAUCGACACAAUCCAACUUUUUGGCUAGGUUUUAGGUACCUGUUCGGCUGUUCCAGUCAGCCGACUAGACGUUUUAAUUCCACUCAUAUAGACGUAAAACCCCGCUGGAAGACAUAAAAAGUUCCAGUAGAGAGUGCAUAAAGUUUUAUCCAACCUUUUUGCAGUAUCGGGCCAAACAGGGCCGGGCCGGGCCGGCCUGGGCUUUCACCGGGCCGGGCCGGGCCUGAGCAAAUUUGAAAAAGCCCAGGGCCGGCCUGGUCACUUCGGCCCGCGGGCCGGGCCGCAAAAUUCGGCCCGGCCCGGCCCGAUUGCCACCUCUAGUCACAAAGCGAUAAUGAGCGAUUCCAAGGCGCGACAAAUCCACAUUAUUUUACCGACAAGCGCAUACUACCAGUCUGUCAUGUGUGAGCUCUUUUAUGGCCUUCAAAGGUCUUGCUCAGAGUCCCCAAUAGACUACAGUUCACAAAUUUUUGAGCAGUCAGACAUCACACUCCAAAACAUGCUGUUAUAAGCCCGAAAACUUGCAAAACCCGUUCGGGUUCGCGUCAAAUUUCAAAAACAAAUCCUCAAAAAACGCUUUGGUUGAUUUUAAUAUUUGUUUUUUCGAAUAAUUUUUGAUCGGAACGCGUUCAAAAUAAGUCGUGAGCUAUCAACAAUAGGUUCCGUUCUUUGCUUUUGAUACUUCUGAUGGACCACUAGAUGACAAGCUGUGCGACAAUCCCUGUCAAUAUGUAAAAAAAAUUAUUUUAGAGACCUCGGAACUUAUUUAUCAGUCAGUCGGGAAAAUAAUGUGGAUUUGUCGCGCUUUUAAAUCACUUUUUAUUGCUCUGCGACGGCUAGUUUUUGGUUUUUUGGCGCAGUUGCGACGAGGAGAGGCAUUUUUCUACGAGAAAUCCACAUUAUUUUCCCGCAGACUGAUAUGCAUAACAAAUAUUUUUUUGGCCUUGAUACAUACUUGUAUACAUACAUAUAUAUUUCGACGUUGAAGUUUAGAGAGAUUUGAUGAGGAAUUUGCGACGAGGCGACACAUUUAGCUGCGAUAAAUCCACAUUAUUUUCCCGACAUACUGAUGUGUAUAACAGACAUUUUUUGAACCUUUUAUACAUACCUGCACAUAUAUAUUUCGAGGCCAAUAUUUACACCCCCUUUUUUCAGCGUCCCCCAGCCAACUCCUUCUCCCUGAACCAACUCUCCAACACCAACAGCAGCGACAAGAUGCCCGCCUUCUCCACGCUGCCUCGUCACCAAUCCACCGACUCCACGCUGUCGGGCGGCUUCGAGACGUUGCGCGGACUGUCGCCGGAUCGUGAUGCCAGCGGCGCCAAGAAGGUGUCGUUCAGCACGGCGCCCAUCAAAGUGUUCAAGACGCACGGCGUGGACGAGUACGACCGCCGGAACGACGAGAUCGACCCGUACGCCUCGUCGGCCGAGUACGAGCUGGAGCGGCGGCUGGACAAGAUGGACAUGUUCGAGGUGGAGGUGGAGAAGGGGCAGGAAGGCCUCGGCUUCAGCAUCAUCGGCAUGGGCGUGGGAGCCGACUUCGGACUGGAGAAGUUGGGAAUUUUCGUCAAGAGCAUUACGCCCGGCUCGGCGUUGGAUCGGAAUGGCCGCAUUCAAGUGGGCGAUCAGAUCGUCAGCGUGGAUGGGACCUCGUUGGUGGGGGUGAGUCAACUGUUCGCCGCGCAAACCCUGCGCGGAACUGGCGCCCAUGUCAAGUUCGUGGUGGCAAGAGAUCCGCAUUUGGAGGAGAGCGAAGUUGCGGCCCUCAUCAAGCAGUCGCUAGAGUCGGACAGAGCAAAACUUGCGUUCAAACAACGAGAGAACGACAAUAUAUACUCCAAAGUGCCGAGUGAAUCACCGUAUGGAAGAGUGGCCGAGUCCGAGGACGAAGAUGACGUGCUGAACCGCCGAUUCAGAGAGAACUCACUGCCACCAGCGUUGCCUCCGAAACUGCCCGAUCCGGCGUCCGAAAUUCAACGCCGCAUCCAGGCGUUGGAAGUGGAACUCCAGGACUCGAACAAGAAGGCCAGCCAGAUGGAGGAGGUCCUCAAGAGCACCAGAACGCAUUACAAUCAGUUGGAGACGAAGUACGACCAAGCCCGACAAAUGCUCCGAAGCUAUCAAGAGCGGGAGAGGAAAUUGAUCGAAGUGGAGAGGGAUCAGGAGUGGAAAUUGAGGUGAGAGAACAUUACAAACACUAUACAGUAGCAAAUUACGAAAUCGAUUUCUAUAGAACAAUGUUUAGAUAUGUUGACUGUGUCUCCAAAACGGAGCGAAAACUUUCAGGAAAGUUUUUGAUCUUGGAAAGCUACACAAGCCAAAUAAAAAAUAUCGACCGGUCGUAGCUAAAAAAAUUUUUUUUUUGAUAAGUUCUCCGCCAAAAAAAAUCUUGUUAUUCGCAUCGAAAAAAUUGCUUGUUUGUCGAAAGAUUCAGCAUUCUACGGUAGAAACUUACAAAAGAAAAUUCAAAAAAAAAGGCGAGGAAAGCGUUUUUAGUGUUUGCUUCUGAACCACCGGUGGAGUAUUAAGUCAAACCAUUGGCUCUUCGAAAUUUUCGUUAGCAAAGCUUUAAAAGUUCACCCAAACUUCCCAAUAUAACUCUCCGCUUUCCAGAGAGAAGGACGAGCACUACGGCACCAUGCUCGGCCAGAUGAAAGAGCGGAUAGAGGAGCUCGAAAAGAAGCUGGAAAUGAACGACAAAACGCGGACGGACCAAGUUCAAACCGAGCUGAACCGUCUCCGCGAGCAGUUGGCCACGGUGGUGGCGAGAGACAAGAAAAACAACGCCGUUCAGACCAACGACGACACAUUGACCAGACAUAACGUGGACAGGGUUGCGCAGGAGGCGCCGAAUAAACCACCGCCCCUACCGCCGCAAAACGAAAAGCAAACGAGCGAAAGAAUGGAGAAGAAGGAGAAGCCGCAGCCAAAAAUGCGACAUGAGAAGGAGCAGUUUGGCCAUGAGCAGUUUGAUCGACCGGUGCCGAGGGGCGCUCGACAUGCGGGAUUGGUGAGUGAAUUUGAAUUUAUUUUGGUCGUUUUGAGGGCGUUAGGGACUACGGACACUACGGGGUCUAAGCUGGGUAAUUAUUGACCGUUUGGGGUCGAAAAGUAUCAAAAGUUAUCAUGGAUACUUUUUGAUACUUUUUCGGGGAAAAUCAUUGCAUUUGAUUAGAAAUGCAAUUUAUAAAAAACUAAUGAAGCAACAAGAUUUUUUUGGGCGAAAAGUAUCAAAAAGCAUCAUAAGGUAUCAUGGAUACCUUUUAAUACUUUUUGACACUUUUGUUGUUAAUAAAAUGCUUUGUCGUUGCAUUUGUUAAGAAAUACAUUUGAUAGAUAGAAAAAAGAGCACCAGCGUUGUUUUGGGCCAAAAAGUAUCAAAAGGUUUCAUGGAUACUUUUUGACACUUUUUUUGGGAAAACUGAUUACAUUUGACUAGAAAUGCACUUUAUAAAAAAAUAAGUCAAAAUUUUUGUCAUUGAAGAGAAUAAUCUCAAUUGUCUUUGUAAAAACAUCUCGUAGAUGCCUUGUUGUUACAAAAUUCUAGUCUAAAAAUUCGCAAAAUUCCUCAAAUUUGCCAAAAAUUUGCCUUCCCUUUCCCUACUCAUCAUUUCAACUCCAAUUUCCACUUUCAGACCCCUCGCUCCAUCCCACUCAGUGCUGCGCCUCAUGUAUACGAGCGCUUCAUGGGUGGCGCCUACUAUCUCGACGAAUACGGCGAAGAGCGUUAUAUGCCGCCGUCGUCGGCAUGCGACUCGCCAAUCCCUCGAAUUUCCGAGCCCACCUCUCCCGCCGUACCGCAGAAAUUCCUCCAUCAUCAACGACGGAUGCUGUUCUCGUUGCGGAAACGCUAUGUGCAUGGGGAAAACGAGUUCUGGAGGGAAAAUGUGGAGGCUCAGGUGAGCUGUUCGCUCUAUACUAUUACCUAUAAUUUAUCCCUUUCCAGGGUCUCCAAGUUCUUCAAUGGAACAUCGACGAGGUUUGUCAGCUCUUGAUUCACAUGGGACUGGAUAAAUACAUCCCCGAGUUCUCUGUCAAUCAAAUCACUGGCCCCCGCUUUCUAGAUUUGGAUGGAAGCAAGCUAAAAGUAGGCGGUUUUGAAAACAAAAAAGUUCGAAAAACAUGUUUUUAGUAAAAGUAUAACGUUUUUUUUGGAAAAGUGUCAAAAAGUAUCCAUGAUACUUCUUGAUACUUUUUGGAGAAUACGUUCUGAGAGCAAAAAAUGCAAAAAGGAGAUGUUUUUAGUCAAAAUAUAACGCCUUUUCAAAAAAGUAUCAAAAAGUAUCAUGGAUACUUUUUGAUACUUUUAGGAGUAAAUGCUUUUUUAAUGCAAAAAUGGAAAAAAGAUGCUCGUACAUGAAAAAUAACGUUUUUUAAAAAAGUAUCAAAAAGUAUCCAUGAUACUUUUUUUUCUUUUUGGAGAAAAUUGCUUUGCUCUACAUUUCUGCCAUAUUUCAUGCUUAUCAAAGUCAUUUUCAACAUUAAAACCAAUCUUUCCAGACCAUGGGGAUUCAAAACCACUCGGACCGUGCCAUCAUCAAGAAGAAGAUCAAGACCAUCAAGCAGCGCAUUGAGCGGGAGCGCAAAAUCCUCGAGAAAGAGAGUCGUCAAAGGACCUUGAAGAUGACGUCAUAA